AUGAUUCAUCAAAGUCAAAACGAGAACGAAGCUAAAGGUAAUAAAAUAAUUGUAUCGUACUGAGAAGUUUCAGUUAUUACUUUUGGAAAGAAGUCAGCCCCGUCCCAGGCGCUUUGAUGUUAUAAGCGGUUCCGUGACACACACACGGGAAUUGAGGUGUGUGUCCUCCCGCGCGCGCGCGCGUCACGCAACAUCAAAGCGCCUGGGUACGAGGCUGGAAAGAAGUAGUAUACGUUUCAGUGCAUGCACCUGAGUGGGUUAUUUCUGUGUUUAUAUGUUAAAUUAAGUUAAUGGCCGUAUGCAUGCAUAUGAAAAUUUUAGUUUUAGUUUUAAUUACCGAUUAAAUUUUAGUUCAAUUUUCUAUUGGUUUUUGUAUAAUACUAAUAAGAUUUGUUUUCACUUUAAUAUAUUUUAUAGUUGAGCAUUUAAUUGGCAUGUUGUACUCCGAUGUCUCUGAACGAAAUGUUGGGAAAUCACUGACUUUAGAAAUACUUGCAGAGGCGCAAGGAAUUGUUGGAGCUGGGUACCCUCUUCAUUGUUCUUGUGGUGACCAAACAAUAAGCUGUGUUUCAAUGUAUGUUAUCAGUUGUCACUUAUCGCAUACAGUGUUAGUUCAAGGGCUAUCAAAUUAUUAAAUUACAGUCAUUUUCUCUUGUAGCAAGAUGUUGAUGUCCGCGUUAGCAAGCACUAGUCUUGUUUGUCUUGUUGAUGAUCCAAACAUUAACGCCACCUUUAGUGAACUUUUUACUCCAAGUGCAUGGUGGGUUAGCACAAGGAUCAUCGAGAACGGGGCUAGCAGUUCCACGUGGCAGUAUCUUUGUGGGCACAAACCUUCGGGAAAGUGA